UGUUCGGGUAGAAUUCUCACAUGGUUUAGCCCUACGAUGUCAGACUGGAUGGAGCGAACGUAACAACCGCUGCUACAAGCUGAUGAGAGACAAAGUCCAUUGGUCUGAAGCGAAAUCACGAUGUGCAAACCACGGUGCAAUUCUGGCCGCCAUCAAAGACGCGGGCGAGAACAACUUCAUUAAAGGCCUCAUCAAGAAUGCACCUGAAGGUAAAUAUCCGUUAGUCUGGCUGGGACUGUUUAAACCAACUGGGCAAUGGAUGUGGACAGAUCGAUCACGUGUUGGCUACAGCAACUGGGCUCCGGGCGAGCCUAAUCACCGCCUCAUCAUAAAGGAGGACUGUGGCAGCAUGUAUUUCAAGACCGGCAAGAAUUGGUUUGGUGGCAGAACGAGGUAUCAAGGACAGUGGAACAACGCCAAAUGCGGCCACCACUACCCCUACGUCUGCGAGAAACCAAUGUAAUAAUGCGACUUUAACGCGACACAAUCUGCUCAAUCCCUGACGUCGCGUUUUUGUUAAGUCACUGGCGAU